GCUGCUUUCCACACCAAUAGCUGAGACGUUCCGGGUUGUUCUCGGGUCACGACCCGCACGUGUCUCGUUCCGGGCGUGGCUUCCGGUCGUCCUACGGAGUUGUGCAUAUAGUGGCAGCGAGACUGUCGAGACUGUCGGUGGAGGGAGGCCUCAGUUGGACACGAGGGAGCAGCAGCACCCAGGGAUUGAACUUGGGACCUUGCGCUUGUAAGGCAGGCAGCGAGACCCUUUCUUAUCCUGAGCCUGCGUCGUUCAGUUUUCUUUCUCUGACGUUAGGAGAGUAAUUCUAAGCCAGAAAAACUGCUACAUCCUUCAAGUAAUAUGCCAGUUAAGAUCAGUUCUGGAUGGGCCAGCCACUUCUCUCCACAAAGCUGGAAAGCCAGGUGUCAAUGGAACAACAUGCCAACCGCCAAGCAGCUAGCUGACAUCGGCUAUAAGACCUUCUCUGUCUCCAUGAUGCUCCUCACUGUAUAUGGGGGCUACCUCUGCAGUGUCCGAGCCUACCACUAUCUGCAGCUGCGCAGCGCCCGGCGCCAGGCUGCAGAAGAACAGAAGACCUCGGGAGUCCUGUAGGAUGGGGGGUGUUUUCUCGUGAGCAUGCUGUGGAAAGACCUCACCUGCCAUCAUUUCCAGGUCAAGAGGACUUGUGGGUUUUCAAACCUUGCUGUAAGAAAGUGCCUAGGGUUCAGUGGUACUGCCAGUUUCGCUAGUUUGACAGUUUUGGGGGGCUGUGGAACCAUAAUGGGAAUGUGAGGGUGAAGUGCACCUGUAGACAUUAAAUAUUUCCCAUGUUUA